GCCAUUUGCACGCAGCGCUGUAUUUGAUAUUACACGCGAUAAUGGGCAGAAAUAAAAAGAAACAAAGUCAAACUAUUCCUUUAGUUCCUACUUCACAAAACAAAAGAGCAAGACGCAAGAAAGCCAAAAAGCUUAAAAAGAACUUGGAAGGAACAAAUUCAAUCAUAUCCAACAUGCCUUCUAUAAAAGUCAAUGAGAGUAAAAAAAGUAAAAAGCGAAGAUUUUUAAAAGAACAACAACAACAACAGCAGAAAGCUUCUGUUUUAACAAAUUCCAAUGUGAAAAUAACAAACAAAAAACGAGCCGGGUUUGGUGAAGCAUCCAGUGAGAGUGAUUCUGAGCCUAUUGAAGCUGACUGGGGGAGUGCAAACGACCAUUCAGAUAACGAUGAUGAACAAUGGCAAAGUGAAGAAAAUGUCACAAGAUCAUUCACUAAUUCCAAUGAUGAUGAUGAACAAAGUGAUUCGGGGUCUUCAAACAAUGACCUUGAGGAAUCUGAAGAAGAUGAAGAUGAAGAGUUAAGCGAAAAUGAGCUGAAUACUCUGAUACAAUCUCAGAAGAAACCAAUGACUAAGGAUACUUCAAAACAAAAAAUCAGUGGUCCGAAAAAGAAACCUCUAAAACGAACUCGUGAAUCUGUUGAAAACACUCCAACGUCCGCAAAGAAAAUGAAAAUAGUUGGAGAGUCAAAGCAAUCAAUCGUAAAACCUCUUGAUAAAGGCGAUGAUCAUCAAGUGUCUGUGUCAUAUAGUUGGAAAAAUGAAUCUAUUAUAAUUGAGGAAAUCAAAAAACGUGCAAUUGAACUUUCAUCUGCUACGUUGCAUGUGAGUCCAUUACCACCGGAUCAUAACGAGUCUAUGCUGAAAUCAUUGUCACCGAGUAUGAUGUCAUAUCGAUUUUCAAUAAGGAAAAAUAAAAGGAUUCGAGACUUUGUGUUUCUUCAAUACGUUGAUGCGGAUACAGCUGAAGCUGCAAGAAAAUCUAUAUCUGGUCGUCUAUUUGCCGGUAAAACAAUCUCUGCUCAACCUAAUCGUUUGUCAUUUCCUAUCAGUGAUUUAAAGUUGGAUAAUAUUAAUCGAACACAACUUUUUGUGACUGGUUUCAAUAGUUCAACAACUAAAAAUGAUUUAAUACAUAUAUUUCCAAAAGGCACUGUUGAUUUUCCAUUGACCAUAGAUGGAAUGACAUGCGGUUAUGCAGUUAUCAAAUUUGUCAAUGAAAAUGUAUCACUUGAGGCGUUUUCCACAACACAUAAACGACUUGUUCGUGGUCUACCAAUAUUUGUCAAUUUUAUAUUUUCUCGUUCUAAAGUAAUAGAUCAGAAACAAAAUAAUGAUGAAAAUCAAUUAAAGGCUAACAAAUCUAAAAAUGAUCAAUCAUUGGAUAAAAUGAAAGAGAAACAAUUGAAUAAACCAUCAUCAUCAUCAUCAUUGGAAAAGACUUCUAACAUAGUAAUUCAGAAAACAACAGUGAAUACAAAAGAUAUUGGUAAUAAACAGAAGGGUAGUAAUACAAAAGUUUUAGUUCAACAAUUACCUGAAUCUGAAAAUGAUUCUAAAUCAUCAGCUAGUGAUGAAUCAAAUGAUGAAAGUAAAACUGAUGAAUUAUUUGUUCAUCAAACCAAAAAUAAAAAUUCAACCACUAGUAAAACAUCUGUACUAAAUGAUCUUGUAUCAUCGAAAAUGUUGAAAGUGUCCCCCAAAAAGAAAUCCAAAUCUGAAAUGAGUAAACUAGAUGAUGAUGAGGAUGAUAGUGAUGGUCAAGAUGAUGAUGAUGAUGAUGAUGAUGAUGACGACGAUGAUGAUGAGGACAAUGAAGAUUUAGACGAUGAAGAUGAAAUUAGCGAGUAUGAUGAAGAUGACAGCGGUACUGAGGAAGAGGACGAUGAUGAAGAUGUAGAUGAUGAUGAUGACGACGACGAAGAUGACGAGGAUGAGGAAGAUCUAGGCGAUACAGAUAGUGAUGAUGCGUCUGAAGAUAGCGAUGAGGUGGUUAAAAACGAUUCCAAGCAGAAAAACACAGUUAAUAACAAGAAUAAACCUUCACCUUUAAAAGAUAAUAGCCAAAUCAUUUCCGUUGACGAAGAACAAGCCUCAUCAGCUGAUGGUAAUAACAGUUCCGAUGAGGAAAUUGACAAACAAUUGAUGACAGUUAUUCAAGCUAAACGUAGUGCUAAAAAAUCAUUCAAGUCACCUAAGAAUGCUAAGCGUAAUUUGAACUCAGCAAAGCACUCUGGAAAAAAAUCUCAACCUCAAUGGCUUCGUGUACCUGAAACUAUGAAGGGCAAGAAGAAAUAGAUAAAAACUAAUUAUGAACGGUCAAAUAUACUGUAUAUAUAGAUUCAUAUAAUGAAUAAAAAUUAUUAUAUUUGGUAUGUAUCUGUGUUUUGACUCAUUUUUAUGGAUGAGUGUUAUGGGGAUUAAAUGCUAUUAUAUUAGUGACCGCAGUGCCCAAGGGACAACUGCUUAAGGUCGGUCACACAUGACCUUUCUGUGAGUAGUUUCCGUGUUAGCUUCGUACUUGUUGAGACCUUACCGCCGGAGACAGAUAUCCAUGGGAUAAGGCGAGGUGUGCAUUUUUAGGGUCGACCUUUUCUAACCCCACCCCUCCUAGUGGGAAGGCAGCAUCGCUGUCACGCUGGCUGUCCGAAGGAAACACCUUACUGCCUUCACACCUAUGUACAGUCAGCAGUACGACUUCGCCUUCGGACCUUGGGUUUGUUGCUUUUAGUCUUACCGCUCUUCAACCGACCUGUCUGACAUGGUAGGACCUUGAGGAACGGUUGUUGCAGCCAUUAUAACUCGGUUGCUUCAUCACGAUAGGCAAGCUCGAGCACCACGUCAAGGUAGCACUAACGGUCGGGUAGAUACGACUACCUGGUUGGGGCCCGCGUGACUAUCGUAACCAAUGUUUGGAGACUCGGUGACGGCUCAGAAUCGAUCACAACGGCAUAGGUUCAUACACUCUCUAUCUUCCCUUAAACUAAGAGAUUAAGGUAGUUACAUAUCUUUCUUCUUGUACUAUAUCCUUAUAUGCAAUCUUUCCUUUAUAUAUUACACUAUUGAGUUAACUGCUUCUAUGAAUUCAGUAUUCAUCUUAUUGUGCUAAUGCGGUGUGGCAACUUGGACCGAUGCAUAUAUGUGCCUGGUCCUACGUUGUAGCUGACUGACUGUGAUUCUACUUAAGCUGGAUAAUCUCAGUUUUGAAACUUCAUUAACAAUGUACCAGAUUUCAAAUCAACUGAACGAGUGUUAUUCAGCUGUUUGAAAUUCUAAUAGCGUAAUUUUUCUUGAAAACGUUUACUGAUUUUAUCUAGAAAGAUAGUGAGAGUCUCAUGAAUUAAACAAUCCAACUCAGAAAACAGAACACUCAUAAAGCAGAAUAAGUUUGCAUGUUAAAAUUAACCGAAUAAGCAUAGUGUUAUGUUUAUCUUUACAGGGUAUGAAAAGUACGAACCAAUGUUUUGUAAUACUAGAAAUGAUCACAAGGCAUUGAUAAAUUAGGUAAAAGACAACUGAUAAGGGAUCAUGAAAAUAGUCUGUAAAGGUUGUUCUCGUAUAUAAAGAGACGAAUCGAAAGAAGUGAUGGAAUCUCACAUUUGGUAUGGGAAAUUUCGCCAAUAUUCUCAAUACACGAUUCCGCUAAAACCGUAGCUGAUAGGAAUAUGAUCAUGGCAAUGGUGCUUGUCAGUCGAUCCUGUAGCUGUUCAGAAAGGAGCUGUCAUAUGAUUGCUUUAACAUCUCAAACCAAAUAAAUCCAGUGGUUCUGACUGUAAGAUCCAUUUUGAAUGUUUGUGUGUGAAUAUUCCUCCAUGUAUGCACCUACAGUUUGUUCCUAUUUAUUAGUUUAGUUAUACAUUUUGUUAGUCUUUUUGAUUCUAUUUGAGUUGGUAAUAUUUGUAUUUUAUUAUAGUUUCCAUUUUUCUUCCUGAACUGCAUUUAUCUUGUUUUACUUGAUAAUUGGUCUUGGCGGCAGCCAUAUUAGUUUGUUCCUUUUGAUUUUUUUGCUUGUAUUGACCGGAAUUGUACAGUUUUUGAUUGUGAAUUGAAGCACUCUUCCAGAAUUGAAAACACUUUGUGUUAUAAAGCAACCAAAUAUUAUCUUUUGAACGAGUCUGUGCGUGAUCUAUCCAGACAGAAUAGAAUAACAUUUAUUUCUUGUCAUUGGUAAUUUUCUCGCAUCUUUUUUCUACUUCCUUAUUUAUUGUAAUUUAAAUCUGAUUAAUUGAACAAUUAUUGGUUGAAUAGCUGGGUGGUCAUAUAUGUUUAGGAAACAAUGUACAUUUAAAUUUAUAAUGAAUUUCAGAACCGUCAUUUUACUCAGUCAUUUUGUUUUGGUUUCAACCGGG